AUGUCUCUGGCCAUCUGGCCACCUGUCUCCCCGGAGGAGCGCAAGCUCAAAGAGGCCGAGGGCUUGUUUCCAAUCACACGCAAAUCUCCUAUUCCCAUCAUGCUAAUCCGUAUUCAGAAAAAUGAACUCGCCUGGAUAACGGCCGAGAGUCUCGACGUCUGCCGCGACCUCAAGCACGGCCUGGAGGACUGCUAUGCGCUGCUCGCGCCCAUUGACCCGGGCAGCACGCUUGUGAUGAGCACGCCGCGCAACGAAAAGGUCAAGGGCACAAUCACCCGCGUGGGAACCCGACUAGUCAAGGGUAAGCCAAUCGCUAAUCUCAACUACCCGCGGCAGACUUUGAACCUUCAACUACGAACUACAACCACCACGUUCCUCACCAUCGCUCCCCAGCAGCCCAUCUACAUACCCGCCCUCGAAGUGCUCAACACGCACCUCACCCAGGCCGUCAACCUCCUCGACGUCACGCUCAGCCAGCAGCCGCCCGACGCCGCCACGCUCGCCUCCUCGCUCGCCCUCCUCUCCGAGUCGCUCGAUGAGGCCACGGCGCUCCUCAAGGGCCGACCCCUCACCGAGAACGAUCCGACAUGGCAGACGAGCUCCUGCCCCGCGCAGCACUUUACCGCGGCCGCCAGUAGCGUCGGCGGUGGGAACGGCGGCGGCUCGGGCGGCGUCGGCGCGUUUGCAGCCAGUUUUGCGACAGCGGGCGGUAACAACGUCAACAACCCCAUCAGCUUCCACAUUGGCAUACAGGAGAGCUGCAUCGUGCUCUGGCUGCGCGUGCUGGAGCCGGCGAACGCGCCGGUGCAUUUUGGCGUCAAGCUGGGCCUCGCGAUCGGCACGAUGCGCCGCCUGGAGCACGACGAGAUGGAUACCGCCUUCAACUACAACCCGUCUGGCGAUGGCUCGACGCUGGGCCAUAAAAAGGGCAACGGCGGCGGCGGCAGUGGUCUGGUCCUGUCUAGGAAGCGUGGUGAAAAGGGCCAAGCAGCUACCGAAGAGGUGCAUGUUCGAGAAAAAGUUCGCGUCGUCAGUGCCGACCCUUCGUUGAUUUCCCUCUUCUCCAAGCUUGGCUUCCUCAACCAUGUUCUGGGGCAAACACGCCGCAACCUGGCUGCGGUGCUCGGUAGCUUUCCACAAGACUAG